AUGAUAAAGAUUAUGGGACAGAAGGUUCUUGAGAAAAAUCAGGCAAAGGAAAGUUUUGCCACAGGGCCUUACAUCAAAUGGUUUCUUGAAAAGUUACAACCUGAGGGAUUGCAUCGUAUACUAGCUGGCUGGGAUGACAAAACUGCCAAGGCAAUAUGUACCUUAACGUAUGCUGAAGAUUGCAAUAGUGAACCCAUUACUUUUUCCGGUGUAACAGAAGGUACUAUUGUCGAGCCUAAAGGUUCCCGUGAUUUUGGAUGGGAUCCUAUUUUUCAACCAAAAGGCUACCAAAUAACUUAUGCCGAAAUGCCAAAAGAGGAGAAAAAUAAAAUUUCGCAUCGUUAUCGAGCGUUAAGUGCCUUACGGGCACACUUUCUACAAAAAAAUGGCGACUAGUUUUUAUGUAAAAAGCUUACUUAGUUAUGGGUAACGAAAUAUUAAUUGUACAAUGGUAAUAAAUAAGAGCAAUUUUCUUGGUUUUUUAAGUCUAAACAAAAAGUCCUCUAGCAAGAUAAAGCAUUUUGAAAACCGUAAAAUUGUC